AUGCGCACGUCAAUAAUUGCCAGCUCUUUGCUAGCUCUUGCGCAAGCUUUCUACAUACCCGGAUUCUCCUAUAAAGCUUACCGUGACGGCGACACAAUACCACUCCUCGUCAACAAGGUGUACUCCGACUACAGCGAACUGCAAUAUGCAUUCACCGAGCUCCCCUUCGUCUGCCCUCCAACCGGCCGUAUACGCGCAGGGCGCCUCACAAGCGGUACAAGUUUAAACCUGAAUCUGGGCGAGGUUCUGCGCGGUGACCGCAUCGUCGUUUCUGACUACGAGCUGAUCAUGGGCGUUGACGAAGAAGCUCGGUAUUUGUGCAGCCGGACGAUUGAUCUUGAUGGCAUGCACAGAGCGAAGGAGCUAAUACGGGAAGGUUAUGUUGCUGAGUGGAUCGUGGAUAACCUACCUGGUGCUACCAGCUUUCAGACGACCGACAAGAGUAGGAAAUACUAUGCGGCAGGGUUCAAGAUUGGCGACGAGACAAAACUGGGACCAGGUGGACCGGUCGAAUACCUGAUCAACAAUCACGUCACACUCGUAAUUCGGUAUCGCAAUGCGCCUGGAAAGGAUGGCGAGAAGGGAAAGAAGGUCAUUGUUGGAUUCGAGGUAUUCCCCAGGAGCAUUACUGUGGACGGUCGCAACGAGUCUGGUCUUCCAGCGAACAUCGAAGGCGAUCACGAACCGCUUGUCCUAGUCCCUCGAGCCAACAGCACGAACAGCACAGGCGACGAGACCCAGCCCACGACUCUGACGAUCCCGUAUACAUACUCGGUAUACUGGCGGGAGGAUGAUCGACUAGAGUGGCAGAAUCGCUGGGACAUGUACUUUGCGGCUCAGGACGACAGCGCAAAUGUGCACUGGCUGGCUAUCCUCAAUUCGUUGGUCAUUUGCGGUCUGCUUACUGCUGGCCUGUCGGUCGUCUUGACACGUACGAUUCGCAGCGACAUUGGUGGCCUUCAAGACGCUGCUGGCACGAAAGCAACACCCAAGCGCAAAACGGCAUCUCCGAAACGAGAGAAGAGCAACCUGCUUGGGCCCUUGGCAGACCUCGACACAGAGAAUCUUGAAGUAGACGAAGACGACAACGAAGAUGUCGCGGCCUGGAAGCUGUUGCAUGGGGACGUCUUCCGUGCGCCAGCCUACAGUGGGCUUCUCGCGCCGCUGGUGGGCUCCGGGAUGCAACUCCUCUACAUGACGUUCGGUCUCCUCGUACUUGGCAUUUUGGGAGUGCUCAACCCCAGUUUUCGAGGCGGUUACGUCAGCGUAGGUGUUGGACUAUUCGUGUUCGCUGGAAUCUUUUCUGGUUACUUUUCAGCACGCCUAUACAAGACGUUCGGAGGCCAGAUGUGGCAGAAGAACGUCGUCAUCACGGCAGCCUUUGUCCCAGGCCUUUUGUUCGCAACCGUCUUCAUCCUCAAUCUCUUCGUGUGGAUACAAGCUUCGAGUACGGCUUUGCCCUUUGGCACGCUCAUCGCACUCGUCUUGCUCUGGCUCUUCGUACAGCUUCCACUUGUCUACGUUGGCAGUUGGUUCGGCUUUGAGCGUAUGGGCGCAUACACGCAGCCAAUCAGACCCAACGCGAUCCCUCGUCAGAUCCCUGAACAACGUUGGUUCAUCAGGAGCGUACGAAGAUAUCUACUUGCCGGUCUGAUGCCGUUCAUGGUUAUCUUCGUCGAACUGAUGUUCGUUGUUAAGAGUCUGUGGGUGGAUAAGACCACGUACUACUAUGCUUUCGGCUUCACGGGGAUUGUCAGCGCCCUACUCGCAGUCACAGUCGUCGAAGCAGCCCUUGUUUCGACUUACUUGUUGUUGUGCUUGGAGAACUACCACUGGUGGUGGCACUCAUUCGCAAUCGGCAGCUCUUCUUCCAUCUGGGUGUACGCCUAUCUGAUAUACUGCUACUUCGCCAAGCUUCAUAUUAGCGGCUUCCUGUCAAGCACGCUCUUCUUCGUCUAUGGCUUCUUAGCUUGCGCCGUAUACGCGUUACUUACUGGUACUAUCGGCUUCUUAGCAGCUUAUACUUUUGUAAGAAGGAUAUAUGGGACCAUCAAAGUUGACUGA